AGCAGUCAGUAGCAGAGCUGACAGGGGCUCAGAGUCAGCUGAGCACAGAAAUAGCAGAUCUCCAUCUUGCGGCAGUGAAGAUGGGUGGCAUCGGUGGGGCUCUUGCACUCGUUGUGUUCACCUGAACCAGCGUGUGCUGCAGCUGGAGCAAGAGAAGGAAGUUCCAUCAGCUGAAGUGGACAAGACGGAGAGAACAAAGAUCCCUAUGGCAAAGAAGAUGAACUUGCGUGAAAGAGGAAACAAAGGGAUCUGUGCAAAGAAGACCUACUUGGAGCAGCUGCUGGAGGAGGCAGAGGAGAAACAGGAGGAGCUGCGGGUGGAUCUGCUGAUCAUGGCUGAUGAGAAGGCAGAAAUCCAAGAGCAACUCCAGAAAGCAGAGGAGAAACAGGAGGAGCUGUGGGUGGAUCUGCUGAUCAUGGCUGACGAGAAGGCAGAACUCCAAGAGCAACUCUGGGAAACAGAGGAGAAGCAGGAGGAGCUGCAGGUGGAUCUGAUGAUGAUGGCAGAGGAGAAGGCAGAAAUGCAAGAGCAAGUCCAUCAGGUGAGACCAAAAAGCUGGUGCAUCCAGGUGGGCAUCUGGCUUCUUGGCUCAGUGAAGCUGUAUCUGUUGGACCGGGCAGUGCCCUUGUCAAAGGGCCAUGUGGUAGUACUGGAGGUCAGAAGGCUUUUUUUACUCCUUUCUGCAGACCUGUGGAUGGCUUGCAUAGCUGUUCUGUAGUUCUCUGAGUCGUCCUCUGCUUCUACAGAGCCUUUCAGCGCACCUGUCAGCGUUGGCCUCCUUUUUGGCUUUUGAUAUGCUGCAAAGAGAAGAUUGUGUUGUGCAUGAAUCUGUGGGGGGCUAUU